AUGUACCGAUCAGAAGGUGGAAAAAUGGCGUCCCGAGCACAAAAAAUCUUAAAUCUAGUGAGAGAACAAGAAAAAACUAAAUCAGCUCUCGAAGAACUUGAUAAUACAGUACAAACUGAUUCCAAACAGUUGUACCAGCAGUACCAAGCACCUUACCAGAAAGAUAUGAUGAACACAUAA